CCCGCGCGUCCCCGGCUGGCGCCGCACGGCUGCGGGUUGGCGCUCGGCUUUGAAAACGAGUGCUCCUCAAUCCCCUCCGGGAAGAAAAAAAAAAAAAGAAAAAAAAAUUAAAAAUCGGUAACGACGAAGAAAUAAGCCCCGCUCGCCGCGCCCCCCGGCCCGCCCCGCCCCGGCGGCUGCGCUCGGCCAUGGCGGGGCGGCUCUGGCGGCUCUGCAACCUCCUCAUGGCCGCCUUCUUCGGGAUGGCGGCCGCCGUGCAGGUGAACGACCCCGACGCCGGGCCGUGGACGGUUGCUUACUUGGUGCCUGCUGCCCUGACACUGCUUGUCAGCAUUAAACCUUCAAUAACAGAUAAUAGUAUUUGGAGGAGCCUCUGUGACCUUCAUUCUGCUGGUUGUAUUGUUGGGACUGUUGCCUUGGCUUGCUCUUUGUUUGCUUAUGCUCAAGGAAACAUUUUGCACGAAGAGGAAGGCAGGGAGUUGUUUGGUCUGGUGAUCAUUACAAUAUGGAUGGCUCUGUGUCGCAGUUCAGCAAAGAGCCCACUGGGUGGAGUUCGCUUGAUUGCUGCAAUCGUGGUCGCCCUCUUCCCCUUUGCUUCAUGGCUGUACAUUUAUGUGAACAAAGAGAUGCGAGCAUCUUGGCCAACGCACUGUAAAACGGUGAUUUAAUUGGGUGGGAGAAAGUAUAGGAUAAAUAUUCUGACCUUAAUUGUCUUUGCUUUUGGUUCUUAAUGAAAGGUUAGUGUCAGUUUGAUAGGACCCAAGAAUGCCUGGCUGCUUCCAGUGGCGUGCUUUGAGAUUUGUUAAAAAAAUUGAGGAACACUGUUCCGUAACGUAAGGGAAAAGUAAAGCAAACACUUUGUUUCAAUAAAUGACUAUUUACAGCCAUAAAACUUUCAGGUAUCUGCCUGGAUAGUCCAUUGAGACUAACUGAAAACUGAGCAGUCGGUAUUUCUGUUCCUAUGCUAAAAUCAUAUGUAGAAUAUAUCUGAAGAAAUAUCUUUGUUAUUAACUGAAAAUUACUGGAUUUACAG